AUGGCUACUACGGAACCUUGUUUUACCUGUAUUUCUUAUAGAACUCAGCUUGAACAAAAAGAAGCUAUUAUUGCAAAAUAUCAAAAGGUCGUUCAAUUUCAACACGAACUUAUUCAUGAAUUAUCUAUCAGUCAAAAAAUUACUACCAAAGAUACGGCUUCCGUUACAACCAAUGAUGAACCUGCAUUGACUGCUGUUCGCGAAAAAUCCAAUCGAAACUACUAUCGCACUUACGUUGGACCUUUGACUGGCGAAGUAGAUAAAGCAUCAUUGAAGCAAUGCCUUGAAGAAUCAUUUGGUCCAGUUGAUACCAUUGAUUUUAUCCCCGGGAAGUCCUGUGCCUUUGCGAAUUUCUUUUCUCCAACCGCGUAUCAUAAUGCCAUAAGCGAAGGUGCUAUUAUGGUGAAGGGUAUUGUCUUGAGUGUUGAACAAGCCAAAAAACCAAGAUUUCGUUAUUCCAAGAAAAAGUUGUCAACAUCAUAA